CUGGCAGGCCCGCCGGGCUGCCGUGCGGGCCAGGCCGUGCAGGCCCGGCUUCCCUUCUCCUUCGGCGGACGGCGGCUGCCGUGGGGGAGGCGACGCGGCCUAGGAGGGAGCGGGGGGCGGGCGACCUUCCUGCCCGCAGCUUGUUCAACAGCCCUGGGUGCCCCCCUCUGCUGCUCCGCGGGAUGGAGCGGUCGCUUUUUGCCUCAGCUUCUUGCCGACUCCUCUCUGCUGUCCUGUCCCUUGCAGGUUCUCACAAUGGCUGAGGAUUUGAGAGCGGCGGUUGCCAGCCCGGCGAAGAGACUGAACAGCAGCAGUGAGGUGGUUGAAAGGCUAGAAGAAAACGGACAUCAAAAUAAAAGGUUGAAGAGAGAUGCGGAUGAGGAAGACACGGAGGAUCAGAGUAAAAAGUCACCCAAAAGGAAGAUUGUGUUGUUGAUGGCAUAUUCAGGGAAAGGCUACCAUGGGAUGCAAAGAAACGUGGGAUCUUCGCAGUUCAAGACAAUUGAAGAUGACUUAGUAUCUGCCCUCGUUCAAUCAGGCUGUAUCCCAGAAAACCAUGGGGAAGAUAUGAAGAAAAUGUCUUUUCAACGGUGUGCUCGAACAGAUAAGGGUGUGUCUGCAGCUGGACAGAUUGUGUCGCUAAAGGUCAGGCUAAUAGAUGACAUCUUAGAAAAGAUCAAUAACCAUCUUCCUUCUCACAUCAGAAUUCUGGGUCUGAAGAGAGUCACUGGAGGAUUCAACUCCAAGAACAAAUGUGAUGCCAGAACCUACUCUUACAUGCUGCCAACAUUUGCCUUUGCCCAUAAAGACCACGAUGUGCAAGAAGAGGUUUAUCGACUGGACAAAGAGACCCUUGCAAAAGUCAAUAAACUGCUUGCAUGCUAUAAAGGAACACACAACUUCCACAACUUCACAUCUCAGAAGGGACCCAGGGACCCCAGUGCCAAGCGGUACAUAAUGGAGAUGUACUGUGGAGAGCCGUUUGUGAGGGAAAACAUGGAAUUUGCAGUGAUCAGAGUGAAAGGUCAGAGUUUCAUGAUGCACCAAAUAAGGAAGAUGAUUGGGCUGGUGAUAGCUAUUGUGAAAGGUUAUGCUGCUGAGUCUAUCAUAGAGCGCAGCUGGGGAGAGGAGAAAGUAGAUGUCCCCAAAGCCCCAGGACUUGGGUUGGUCUUGGAAAGAGUACACUUUGAAAAAUACAACAGACGUUUUGGAAAUGAUGGGCUGCAUGAGCCACUGGAGUGGACAGAGGAGGAGGAGAAGAUUGCUGUUUUCAAAGAGCAGUAUAUCUAUCCUACCAUUAUCAACACAGAAAGGGAGGAGAAAUCCAUGGCAAACUGGCUAAACACCCUCUCCAUUCAUGACUUCAACUCUUCUGCUGUUGGGAUGCAAGCUAACAACAAAAAUUCAAAGAACAGCAGCGAUCUUGAAGGCAGUGAUGGUUGUGAUGAUGAUUCCGACUGAGCCAGUAAGUGGCUGGACCUGGGACCCUUACUGCUUGCAGUUCCCUUUGUCUACAAAAAAGUGGCCUUUCUAAAUCCAAGAAUCCCGUAAAGCAGGGGACUGUGUGCUUGCAGAACAAGAACUGGAUGCCCAGGAGAAACUGCAUGGGGAAAACAAUGCAGUAGAAAAAGUAAAAGCUUUUUAUACCACUGACUGAUUGACCUGACUGGUAUACUUGAAAAUGGUGUAACGAGAAAGCUUUCUAAAAGAAUCUUGUAAUGUGAGAUAUCUUAAUUGCUAUUUGAAUAAUGUUUUUAUUAUAUGUUUACCUGGAAAAUAGUAUUUUAAGUAUGUAUAAUCUCUAAAAAAGAUAGGGCAAAACAUUUUAAUACACUCUUUUUUGAUUAUUAUUAUGAAGUUAUGACUCCAUGAACUUUUGAUUUUAUUUUUUUUAAUUAUUACUUUCUUCACCUUUACUUAACCUGAUCUCUAAACACUAUUACCCUUUUAUUUUCCAUGUUGUCUGUGACUUCCCUGGGGAAUAACAUGAAUGGGUUAGGAACUCAUUAUCAUGCUGACGCUGUGAAUUCUUUUGGCAUUGAAACACAUUUUCUGUGUUUUCUAAAGCUUUGCAAGUCUAAAAGAAAUUAUUCCUUACUCAGUGAGAGGUCUUAAUUUUGGAACGUGGACUGAACCAUAUAUUUCAAGGUGAGACCUUUUCUUUGGGACAUGUCAUCCUCCCAGUAUUGCCUGCAUGCUUGGGCGGACUCAAGAAUAUACAUCUGCAGCUACCUGUGUAAUUGGGCCUUUACUGCCUGAGGUGUUGUUUCACACACCUGUAGUUGAGAUGUGAGGAGAAGAUGUAAAUUAAUUGUUAGGACUGCAGUUCAACGUGUGCAGCCAUGAACGUUCUAGCACUGCCUGUGGUGGAUCACUAAAUGUGUUGCUACUGGUUUAGUAUUUCUGGUUUUAGUGGAAACUAUCUAUCCAUCUGCUAUAUUUGGGAUUGAAUCACUUAGCAUGCUUGAAAGGAAUGGUGCUGCCCUCCUCUGGGCUUUAAUCAAGUC